AUGCCAAACUUUUCAAUAUAUCCUGCAAUAACUAUAACAAUACAAGAUUUCUUGGAUGGGAUAGAUGAACGAAUUGCUAGAUCGGCACAAGGUUACAAUCCUGAUAAUUUAUUUUUAUACAACGAGAAACUACUAUACAAUAAAAGAUUAGAUUAUUGGACCGGUGAUCAAGAAAUAAAUCAGGUGGUGAAUAUUUUGAUAGAGAAAGCUGACGAUGUAAUGGAAAAUGUAAAAAACUUCUAUCAACCAAGUGAUAAAAGUAUUCUAAGUGACCUGAGUACUCAAGUUAAAUUUCUACCAUUAUUAAAUGAUGAAAUUAGUAAGAUGAGUGUUGACGAGGAAGAAAUUGAUAAAGAUAAUAAAUUGCUUCAAGCAGAAGAUAAAGAAUACCAAGAAGCUGUCAAUAAAUAUUUGAAAACCAUAUAUCAAGAAGAUUCUCAAUCUCAACGAGAGAAUCAACAAGUGCAAAAAAAUUCUAAUGAACAGAAUAAAAGUCAAUCGUCAUCAGAUCCAUUAUUAAGUCAACAAAAACAAGAAGAAGUUCGCUCAGGAACAAAAAAAGAUCCAUUACUAAGAUUUGACAGAGAUCAAUUUGACGAGAUACAUAUAUCAGCUUAUAAUCAAGAUCUCGAAACAAUAAUUGAUGAAGGUUACAGCUUCCCACAUCUAAACAAGAUUCCUAGGAAUGUGCCAAAAUUCAUAACCAAGCCUAAUACUUAUAAAAAUGGUUUUGAUGGAUUACUGCUAUCCUCGAUAUCCUCCAAAAAAUCAAAUCCACAAUUUCCUUUUGACCUAUUUACAACAGACCCUAGUUAUUUUUUAGACGCAGUUAGGUUGUUAUACAAAGCUAAAGCAUUGACACAUCAUGAAUUUCUAAUGGUUAAAAAAUUUGCAGCUGAUUGGUUGGAAUAUUUGAUUAAUAGUUCUAAGGGCAUAUCAAUCUCCAAGUUGGCAGAUCAUCGAGGCAUAUUAUAUGAUAUACAGGUGAUAACGUUAUCAGGAUUUGUAGAUGAUAUAAGGUUGUAUUUACGAAUGAUAAACCGUAUCAGGAUGAGAAUAGGCAAACAUUUUUACAUAGCAAAUGACGCAUCUAUAAAUUCAGAAAUCAUACAAUAUAUAUUUAUAAAUAAAAUCUAA